AUGACCAAGUUCAACGCUUUCGAUGACCACUGUGAUGCUUCAGCUGUAUUGACAUUGCUUGGGAGUGUUCCUGUGUUCUCAAGCGUUGUGCGAACUGCUGCUGGUGUUGUUAAAGGACGUGUAAGGAAUGAGUGGGCGCACUGUAUGUUCAGUAAGUGGGACGUCGCCAAGUUUCAGGAGGUCUUUGCUGAUAUGGCAGAUCUUAUACAAAAAUUGGGUUUACCAGCUGCAGAUGAAGCAAAGCUUCUUGGAGAACUAAACGACUGGGAAACAAAAGGUAAAAGAACUAAUAACCACUCGAAACUAUUUAAGCACUUAAAAGGUAACAUGACAAAGAGUUUUCACUGCUUCCUGUCUGCCAGUAGACCAAUGAAAAGUCAAGUGAACAUUAAAUCUGCAAAGCUGAUGAUACAACUGACAACUAAGCUUUGUGGCAUUUAUGAAUGGUUCUGGCAUUUGCGGAAAACAAAACAUAUGAAAAACUUGGUUUUUAGGUGCUUUUGUUUGCUUUUCCCAUUUUUUGUUUCCCAUCCCCACCUUUUUCUAUUUAAAAGAGAUUUAGUCUGUCGGUUAUGACCGGAAUGUCUCUGAAAAGAACUUCCUCUCCCAUCAUUUUGUACUAUCUCCUUGUUUUAAAGGGUUUUACCUCUGUAUGAACUCCCCUGUGGACCAGGAUUUACUUCAGCUGGUUCAGCAAAACGUGGAAUCACUGAAAGACGCUGUAAAAGAUAUGUCUGAAGAAUCAGAGAACGAAAAGAAGAAGGUUGUCGAUGAACUGCUAAGGUGCUCGACAGCUUUGGAAGACAUAAAGCAGAGAGUGGAGCUGAUUGAAAACAAAGUUGACGUUUUUGAAAACAAAGUUGGUGGCGUUGAAGGGAAAGUUGAUGGUUUUGAAAAGAGAGUUGAUGGUGUUGAAAACGUAUUUGAUGGUUUUCAAAACAGAGUCCAUGGAAUAGAGAACAUAGUUGAUGGUGUUGAAAACAGAGUUGGCAGAGUUGAGGGAACUGUAUCUGAACUGAAAGGUAUAUAUUUAAUGACUUGAAUUUUUGUUGACUGAAUUUUGCACGUUAUUUAAGAGAGCAUGGGAUACAUAAGAGGUUAAAACAGACUUAAGGUCUCGGUAAAGGAAAACGAGGUGCCCACAGAAAAAAAUUCUAGUCGCGCGAGUAUUUUCGCUACAAAGGCAAGUUAUAUAUCAAAUUAAAGCUUAAAGACUAAAUUACCUUAUAAAAGAUUUUAUUUCAUCGAAUUUCAAAAGGCGCUGAAGUUUUUUUGCUCUCGAACUCAGAGGUAUCGAUUUUACUGCUGAAGCUCCAGCCCUUUCGCGUUGUUAAAUAUUCACUUCCUUUUUAUUGCAUCUGAUUGACAGAUAAAAGACCUAAAAAAGGGUGUGAGGAAAUUUGCAUAUGUCUCGUAUUAGCGGAAUUAUUGCAUUUCAAACUAAAAAGUGGAAUCUCGAGCGCGAUUUACGCAAAGAAACUGACAUAAAAUGAGUUACAAAGGGAAAUCGGAAAAUUCCUCACACACUUUUUUAGGUCUUUUAUCUGUCAAUCAGAUGCAAUAAAAAGGAAGUGAAUAUUUAACAACGCGAAAGGGCUGGAGCUUCAGCAGUAAACUCGAUACCUCUGAGUUCGAGAGCAAAAUACUUAAGUCCCUUUUGAAAUUCGAUGAAAUAAAAUCUUUUAUAAGGUAAUUUAGUCUUUUAGCUUUAAUUUGAUAUAUAACUUGCCUUUGUAGAGAAAAUACUCGCGCGACUAGAAUUUUUUUCUUUGGGCACCUCGUUUUCCUUUACCGAGACCUUAAGUUUGUGAAUUCAUUUUCAUUAAGAUAUUAAGUAGUUCCAUUGCAGUGUCAGAUGUGCUAAAAUUUAUUUGGACAGCUCUCAUGUACAUUUUAAAUUUUCUUUCCAGUGUCAGUCGAAGCCACAAGCGGGAGAGUGGAGAGCCUGGAGGACGAGUUACGGAAACACAGUGAAGAAUUGUUAAAGCGUACAAAUUCAGGUACACUUUCCCUUUUGAAGCUUAAAAUUGAACUCUAUUGAGUAAUAAUAUAAAUACUACUCUUUAGCUGAGCAUGUUAUGGAGAAGUUUUUACGGCAGAAAUUCUACACGAAAUAACGUCUUGAAAAGCACUUUUGUUUCCUUUCAAAAAAUAAUUACAAAAAUGACCAAGCUUACAUUUUGCAAUAGUUUAAAUCAGUUGUUCGUCUCUGCCUAUUUGGAUGUACCAAAUUGGCAACAAACUCUAUAGAGUUAAAUGUUUGGCAAAUUAGGUUUUAAGGUCCCCCCCCCCCCCCCCCCCCAAUGGAAACCAAGUAGUUACAAUGUUUAUUUACCAUCGAUCCUUUUGUAAGCACAAAUUAAGAUGAUUAGUGUGGUCGAGUAUGUGAACAAGGUUUGACCAGGAGUAAAAACCUGAUCUUUUGCAAUAUGACGUCAUCAAAAAGGUAGCGGUUUGAGGAAAAAUCCAAAAAACAGAUGCGGGGAGUAGUAAACAUGAUUUUCAUGUUUCAUCCCCACCACACAUCACAUAUAGACAUGGUGGAAGACUGUUUCAAUUUUCACUAAGGCCCCGUUGUUAUGGCUAAAACCCGUCGCGGCCGGAUUGAAGGGUCACCCUCCCAGCCGAGUAAACCUUAGCGAGCGUUUAUAUGGGUGAAAAGUUGACCCCUUUGCCCGAGCCAAAGGGGCUAGGGCAUGCGGUGAUUGUCUCAACUUGACUAAGUUGACUUAGCUGGACGAGCCAAAGUGUUUAUUUGGAGAAAAGAUGAGUUGGGUGAUGAUUCAAUAAAGUUUAUUUCAUAUAUUAAUUCAGUGAUAAGCAGUGGUCAAGACGAUGAAGGUCUUCCUCUAUUUUUUUUUAGUCCUUGCAGGAGGAUCCCUAUAUUUCGAUAAAGAUACAUUGCACUAAAUGAAACAUUUCCUUUUCUUCUUAAGGCACGCAGAUUUUGCUCGGUCAGCCUAGUCUACCACCAAAUGCUUGUGACUUUAUUGGCCGCGAAAGAGAGAUCAAAGAGAUCGCAAGCCACUUGAAAUCUCCAUUAACUCGAGUCGUCUCCAUCCAUGGCCCACCAGGAUCUGGAAAAUCUGAGGUUGCAAUAGCAGUGGGUCAUAAUCUCAAAUCUGAGGGAAAGGCCAUUUACCACAUUGACCUUGCUGACGUCAACACAGAGGAUGACCUAAUAUCAGCAAUUCUGCGUUUUUUUAGCGACCAAUCGCUGGGACCCUUGCAGCCGCUCGAUUUCCUUUUAAAACAGUUUAGUUUAAUUCAAGAUUCUGUUUCGCCUUUUUUUACUCUAGACAACGCCGACAGCUUAUUGCAAACAAGGAAAUCAAGAGACCGCUUUUUGAAAAUAAUUAAGCAAAUUAUAAUGAGUUCUGCCAGUGUAAAAAUCUUGGUUGCUGCCAGAGAAUCAUCUGAGUGUAGAAAACUAAAACCACUAGGGCAAAAGUUAGUAAGAAUAGGAUCUGUUGACAACGUGUUUUCUCAGAAACUAGUGCAGAAUUUCUUUCCUGAAGGUUGCGAUAGAGACUGGAGGAAAGUGGCGCUGUUUUGCGGACAUAUGCCUUUUGCUAUUAGGCUCUUUUGUAACAACAUGCCCCGAAAUGAGUUGCCGUUAAGCCAAGCCAUAGACAACUUUAUCAGUUUGAUUGAAAGUGAUCUAUCUAAAUUGGAUGAUAAGGACGAGCUAGAAGAAGAGAAACUGAAUGCCAUCUUGGAAUCAUCAUACCAGAUACUCUCACCCGAAAACAAAGAAUUUUACGUAUCAUUGUCCGUGAUUCCUGGCUUGUUUCAUGAGAAGGUUGCCGCAGCUGUGUGGGGAAUAUCAACGCAUGAUGCUCAACGGACGCUACAAAGUCUUCAGAGAAAGUCGCUUAUAGAUUCUUGCGUUGUAUCCAAACCAUACAAAGUUCACAAUAUUUUUCGCUUGUUUGCACGGCAAAAAGGAGCACGAGAAAUGAAUGAGGUCAUUGUAAGGUCGACAACGCGUUUUAUUCAAUUCUAUAUUUCGCUUUUCGCUGAGCUUAACAAUGGCUUCCUUUCUGGACAGUCUAUGUCAGCUUUCAUAGACUUCUACGAAGACAAACAAAAUAUCAUGUCAAGUUUAAUCAACGGUUGUUUAAACAUUUCAACACGCGACAGUUGUUUUGACGGCUUGACACAGGGGAUGCUGUUUAUGGACGCUGUUUUAUGGAGCGACCGAGCCUCUUUUAACAAGAUCUAUGAUACAGCUAUAACUGAGGCAAAGCAGAGUACAGAUUCAACUGCAUACAAUGAGUUGGUUCUCGCAAAAACAUUCAGUGAAGUAACUUGGGGAAUAGAAGAAGUGGAAACAAAGCAGCUGCAAUGUAGUAAAAAAGAAGUUCUGUCCUGCGAUUCAGAUGAGCAGAAAGGAAAACUAUUAUGCUAUCUUGGCAUCCACAAGCUCGCGAAUGGACAAAUCAUGGAUGGUGUUACACAUUUGGAAAACUCUCUUGCGCAUUUUAAAAACAUAGCUGACCCAAUGCAGAAGAUCUUAAGGAUCCUCACUUUGCAGAUUCUUGAGCAAUAUUAUGAAUCAAUACAAUGCGUUGAUAAGGCGGCGACAUUUUUCGAGAAUGCAAAAGAGGAAUGUGGAACUAGAGAGCAACAAGGCCUUUUUCUAAUUCCCAAUAUACCAGGCAAAAACGUUAAGAUCAAAGAAGACGAACGGAGGAUGGCUAAUGAAGAAAAUCGCCCGCUUGAGUUGGAGGUAUACUUUCUUUUAACCAAGGCAACCAAAAUUUUCUCCUCUACCAAAACAAUGGAAUUAUUUGAACGCGAAGUUAACAAAAUGAAGAAAGAAAUAGAAGAAAAAUGCAACUCAUUCGAGAAUAUAAAAGUGGGUUCACUGUAUAUUCAUCGGUUUGUUGUUGGUGUGCUCGCAGAGAUGACCAGAUACGAAGAAGCAAUUGAAUCAAUUCAGGCUGCAAUAUGUCAUCAGGAAAAUGUAAUUUCAAUGGCUGGAGACAGCAAGGAGACCCACAAAGAGGCAUUGACGAGAAGCUACUCCUACCUUGCUGUUCUUCAAUUCCGCGUUCAAGAUUACAAUUCAAGCCUCAGGUCACAAAGGCGUGCAAUGGACAUUAAAAGAGAAAUUUUUGAUGAACAGCAUCCAGAUGUCGCCGACAGUUACCAUGAAUUUGCGAUCAUCUCCAGGACUAUUGGAGAUUGCGAUUCAGCUUUACAGUUUCAAAAGCGUGCUCUUGAGAUUCGUUUAAAUUUCGCUGAACAAAACCCUUUGAACGUGGCCGCUAGCUAUCAUGAAUUAGGGGUUACACAGUCCAAAAUGAAAGACUAUUCCUCUGCUUUGCGGUCACAUGAAAGUGCGCUUGCAAUACGAUUAAAGAAUCUUGGUAAGAAACACAGAGACACCGCCAACAGUUAUCAUGAGUUAGGAGUUACACAGUGGUAUCUGGAGAAAUACCAGUGCGCUCUUGAUUCGCAUCAGAACGCACUAAGGAUCUUACUUCAUGUCAUGGGAGAACAUCCCAAAGCAACAGCAGACAGCUACCACGAAAUUGGCAAGACUUAUUUCUGUCUAGAAGAUAACCGCGCAGCUCUUCAGUCGCACCUACGCGCAUUUCGUUUGAGGUUAGAAGUAUUAGGUGAGCAGCACACUGACACUGCCAACAGUUGCUGUGAAAUUGGGGUCACGCAGUUUGAAAUGGGAUGGUAUGCCUCCGCUCUUCAGUAUCACACUCGCGCACUGAACAUGAGACAGACAAUGCAUGGCAACUCGGUGCAUCCAGAGGUUGCUCAAAGUUUCUAUCAGUUAGGACGCGUGCAAUGUCAGAUGGAAAACUUUGACGAGGCUGUCAAUUCUCUUAGCCGAGCACUUUCGAUUAGAAAAGGUCUAAAGCAAGAACAAGACCUUGAAGCAGCCGAAGUUUAUCACGAAUUAGGGAAGGUGUUUAUUCACAAGGAAGACUUCACAUCAGCGUUUGAAAUGCAUCAGCUUGCUCUUGGAAUCCGCAAGAGUCAAAUGGGUGAAGAACACGCAUCAGUAGCCGACAGUCUCUUUCAGCUGGGUCUGGUAGAGUGGAAACAAGGGAGACAUGAGGAGUCACUUCAGCUGCAUCGAAGAGCAGCAGAUAUCAGGGAGAAAUACUUUGGCAAGAAGCACUAUAGAACGGCCGAAAGUUAUUUCCAGCUUGGGCAGAUGCUUUCUGAGUUGAAACGCCACAUUGAAGCCCAACAUUACACCAACAGGCACUAG